GAUUGGUGCCACUGUGAUUGAAGAUGAGCUGAACUGAUAACUAAUCACAGUACAACUGGAAAGGCUUUGCCUUUAGCCUGCCACCUAUCUUCUGAGAUCAGCGUUUAUGAAGCUGUAUCAAUUCUCUCUUUGUAGGGUUUAUUAAUUAGCCAAACAGUGCUUUCCCCCAUUUUUUGGCAAUUGGAAGCGGAAACCUCAAAGGAAAUCCGAAAAUGAGUUUUCAAGACGUUCCAACUGGUGGUGUUCGCUCCUCAUCGGCGUCCAAGAGCCCCUCACAAGCUGUGGCGGCCGGGAUCUUCCAGAUCAACACUGCCGUCGCCGCUUUCCGUCGCCUCGUGGAUGCCAUCGGCACCGCCAAGGACACUCCCGAUCACCGCCUUAAACUGCACAACACAAGGCAAAGGAUUCUUCAACUAGUGAAGGAAACUUCCGCUAAGCUCAAGAACUUGACUGAAUCCGAUCAUGACCCUACUGUCAAUCCAAGUAAGAAGGUAGAAGAUGCAAAGCUGGCCAGAGAUUUUCAGAACACGCUACAAGAGUUCCAGAAAGUUCAACAGCUGGCUUCUGAACGCGAGUCUACUUACUCUCCUGCCGCUCCUCCACCUUCCUUGCCUCCUACGUAUCAAGCAACAACACAACCUUUUCUUAUGGAACAGAGAAGACAAGAGGUGCUUCUGCUGGAUAAUGAAAUCGGGUUCAACGAAGCUAUGAUUGAUGAAAGAGAACAGGGAAUCAGAGAAAUAGAGGAGCAAAUAGGACAGGUAAAUGAUAUAUUUAAGGACCUUGCCGUUCUUGUCCACGACCAGGGUGUUGUAAUUGAUGACAUUUCAUCAAACAUUGACGCUUCCUCCUCUUCAACAACCCAGGGUAGAGUUCAACUAGCCAAGGGUUCCAAAAGUGUGAAAUCUCGAACCUCAUGGUGCUGGUGGGUGCUGGGAAUUCUAGUGUUGGUGCUGGUAAUCCUUCUCGUUAUUCUUAUCAUUUAGUGUCCAAGCGGUUGUAUAAAAUUACUGCAGGGAGUGGUAUAUAUUUUAUAUGAGGGCGUGUACAUGUGUUUUUCUUUAUUUAUAUACUUCCUGUUAGUGUGAA